AUGGAAGAAAUUAAGAAGCUAUAUUUAACACGACAAUAUAAACAGUGCACCUCACGAUGCAUACAAAUUCUCGAUAGCAUCACAGAUCCAUAUCGAGUUCAUCCUCUUAAUUCACUCUUCCUAUCCUUUUAUUGUGCCACUUGUUUAGAGAUAACGGCAUCGAAUCUUCACAACAACUCUCCUCAAAAGCUUUCGCUUCUCCGAGAUUCUUUGUCAUUCUUUCAGAAAGCAGAAGAAUAUAUCACAUACGCAGAUAUUCCCAUCGAAAGCAACGAUCUGUCACCGGGCAAUAGAUCCUCUUCCGCAUCAUCUACGUCAAGUGCUCGUUCUUCUGUGGAUUCCGUAUUUUCAUCAACAUCAUUCCCUUCCACCGCCGAUGGACUCUCACCUGUUUUCUCACCCUGUUCUUUUGAGGAUGAUGUUGAAAAGACUCCCACACGCAGACGCACACUUUCCGAAUCAUCGGUCGCAUCUACGCAGUCGACACAUUCGGCAGACACUACCACUGCACCAGAUAAACCCGCACCACUUCGCGUUAAAAAGAAAGUUUCUUUCUCGCCAGCAUCACCCACAUUGAUAACCACACAAAACCCCGAAAACGUCUCAAGAAUUAUCGAAACUAUUCCCCGAGCAAUUCAAUAUCCAAUCACACCUUCUCGACCUACAAUCUCGUCCAAAUAUCAAUCACCAACCCCGGACCACCCCUCCCUCAACACACAUCUCACAAACUACAAUCUCAACCUCUCAUCUCUCACAACACAACUCACAUAUCACAUCACCCACAUCAACCAUCUCAUCAACAGCAUACAAGGCAUCCGCAAAUGUCGACGCAGCAAUCAAUCCUCAUUCGCACCUUCAUUAUUUAAUUCUUCUGGCGACCUAAAUAACAAUGAUAGAGAGGAGCUGAAGAAAAGAGAAAUUCGAGAAAGAAUUGAGAAAUUGAGGAAUGCGGGCUGGGAGAAAAAGAGGUGGGAUGGCUGCAGAUAUGAGGCUUUGAGGGAGAAAGUCGAGCAUGAGUUGAAUGGUUGGAUAUGA